AUGCAGUUCUACUUUUUUAACCUGACAAAUCCAUUUGAGGUCCUGGAUGGUGAGAGGCCUGCUGUUGUGGAGAUUGGACCAUACACUUACAGGGAAUACCGGCCAAUGGAGGAAGUCAUCUUUUUAGAAAAUGGAACCAAAGUAUCAGCUGUCAACCAAAAGACUUACAUAUUUCAGCAAAAUAUGUCAAGAGGCCCAGAGACGGAUCUGAUUAGGACUGUUAACAUCCCCGUAAUGACUGUCAUGGACCAGUUCAAGAAUGAACCACUCUUUGCCCGUUUAAUAUCCGACUUGAUGAAAUCUUUGGGAGAAGGCUUGUUUACCACACGCACUGUAGGGGAUCUUCUCUGGGGCUAUGAAGAUGCUUUACUCAAAAGCCUAAAGAGGAUCAAACCAAAUAUUAAUGACGUUUUUGGACUCUUCUACAAGAAUAACGCUUCCAAUGAUGGAGAAUAUGUAUUUUUGACUGGUCUGAAUAAUUACAAAGACUUUGCCACAGUGGACACAUGGAAUGGUAAAAGAUCGUUGGAUUGGUGGACAACUGCUGAAUGCAACAUGAUUAAUGGCACAAAUGGAGCAACUUUUCACCCUAUGAUCACUAAAAAUGAGAGACUCUACAUGUUCUCCUCGGAUCUCUGCAGGUCUCUUUAUGCAGAAUAUGAGGAGGAUAUUAUUGUUAAAGGCAUCCCUGGAUACCGCUUCAGUCCUCCCAGUAAAGUCUUUGCAAAUUUAACAGAGAACCCAGAAAAUGCUGGUUUUUGUGUCCCAGCUGGGAACUGCCUGGGCUCAGGAGUACUCAACGUCAGCGUGUGUAAACAAGGGGCACCAAUUUUGAUGUCUUCCCCCCACUUCUACCAAGGCGACAAUAAAUAUAUUCAGGACGUAUUUGGAAUGAGGCCUAAAAAAGAAUGGCACCAAACUUCCAUUGAUCUUAAUCCGUUGACUGGAAUUGUUCUGCAAGCAUCCAAGCGCCUUCAAGUCAAUGUCUUUGUACAGAAAAUUGGUGUUUUCAGUCAAACUGGUAAUGUGAGGACUGUGGUUUUCCCUGUGGUAUGGCUCAAUGAGAGUGUUGUCAUUGACGAUGCCUCUGUGUUGAAGCUAAAGAGUGUCACGGUGGUGCAGACCGUUCUAGUGAAUGUUCCCUUUAUGCUGAUUGGACUGGGCAUCCUCAUCGGCCUGCUCUACAUGUUGCUCAUGUGCCGACAGAAGAUUCCUCAGAGUACAGCUGUGGAAAGACAGCCCCUUCUUUCAUCAUAA